UCACAAUUAACCAUUUUUCAACUGAAACCGGAUGAAGAGGCCGAAGAGUUUGGUAAUUUAAUUACCUUUAUCUCACAGGUAGCACAAUGCUAUCCAAAGGAGACCAGCAACUUUCCUCAGCAAGUGAUAAAUUUACUUUCCGAGCAUCAUCAAAUAUUACAUCCUAAUCUUCGAAGGACCAUGGUACAAGGCCUCAUAUUACUUCGCAAUAAAGACAUAAUACCAAGCAUCACAUUAUUAUCCUUAUUCUACACAUUGUUCCGAGUGCGCGACAAACAACUUCGUGAUCUGAUCUACUCGCAUAUAAUCACCGAUAUAAAAAACUCCAAUGCAAAACACAAAAACAACAAACUUAAUAAAACCUUACAAGGUUUCAUGUACACCAUCCUUCAGACCACGAAUAAUAAUAAUUCAGCUGAAAAUGCAGUGGCCGCAAAGAAAAGUUUAGAUGCUUGUAUUGAAUUGUACAGAAAGGGAGUAUGGAACGAUGCUAAAACUGUUAAUGUUAUAGCGGAAGCAUGCUUCCAUUCUGUAACAAAGAUUAAAGUUUCAGCCAUUCAAUUUUUCUUGGGAACCAAUCAAGAGAAUCAGGAUGAUGAUAGUGAUGACGAGAAG